AUCUUGGUUAUUCCAAGCGCCACAAUUCAGUUUCCAAAUAGCGGUGGAUCGGAAAAGAGUUUCUUAAAGAAUUAACAAAAUAAGUGGUAAAAAUGGUUGAAGACAAAGCCUAUUAUGCUGUGGCCGGUCCCAAUUUCGAAGAGUACAUUGUGUGCCCAUACGAUAGCGUUCACCGUAUACUACCGCUCCGUUUGACCUAUCACUUGGUCCGAUGCGCCAAGAACCAUCCAUCCGCCAAGAUGGUUCGCUGCCCCUUUAAUACAACCCAUUUGUACUCGGUGGCCAACAUGCAGAAACAUGUCUUGGAGUGCCCCAAUCGAUCGACUCUCGAGCGCUACAAGUUGCCGGAUGUAUUGCCCCCAGUGGAACCAAGGGCGUGUGAGUUCACGGUGGAAUCCACCGAGGAUUGGGACGCCGAACCGCCAGUCCAGACUUAUAAUCCCAUGAGGUAUUGCGAGCGGGAACUCAUUAUCCGUAAUCCCCAAGGAAACCCGCCGGCCGCUCGUCGCGAAUUCCGCGAACGCGAACGCAGGCGUUUCUUGGAAAAAAAGUUCUAGAAGCCAAUACUUACUUAAUACGUAUUUCUAUAUAUUUAGCCCCCUAACAUGUAGCCAUCGCUUUAAGUUUUUCAUAUGUAAUUUGAUACAUUUCCAGGAAGGAGUGCCGAUUCGUCGGUUUUUUAUUUUUCGCUUUGGUCAGCGAAUUUUUCAAUUUCCAUUUUUUUCUUGUAGAACCGCUAUUUCAAGAAUUCUAGGAAACGGUUCAAAACAUAUAUUUUUCAUAACCAUUAAGCUUAGCACAAAUAUAGAUCAUAUAUUAAAGUAUUAGUUAAAAGUUGAAACGGUAAAUCAGAAAACGCUUAGAUUUUAGUUUAGUUUUUCCUCCUUCCAUAGUUUGCCUCUUGCCGUUACUUGGAAAGAAACCGCUGUGUAGCGGUGUUGCCACUCUGUUGUGCGAUAGUUUGUUGCCUUAUAAUUUUAACUAGAAACAGAAAUAGAAAGAAACAGAAAUUUUAAUUAAUUUUACUUACUAUUGCGUCACACAGAUCAGAACUAUUAAAAUAAAUAUUAAUUAAAAAUAAUUACACGUAAAAUUGCUUUACACACAUUAUAACUAUUAAGAGAAAUGUUAAUUAAAUGAAUAACAUUUACAAUUGCGUUAUACAAAUUAGAACUAUUCAAAAAUUGUUUUCAAAAUCAUUUGAACUUUAAAUGUAACGUGGAACUUUCGAAUCGAUGGCCACUGCAGCAGCUCUUACUCAACAUUUCAUUUGUUUAUAUACGCGUUAUACGUACAUAUGUAUUACGGUUUAGCAUUAAAAUAAUAUUACAAUCUAUUGUAAUACCAAUGGGUAAAGAUUA